GAAAAUGGCUCCAAGUUGGAGUGUUUCGAGCUUGGGUAAGAAGAAAGUGUUGUUCAUUAUGGGAACAACAGGAUCUGGAAAAUCGAAACUUUCCAUCAACUUGGGGACCCAAUUCCCCUGUGAAAUAAUUAAUUCAGAUAAGAUCCAAGUAUACAGAGGGCUGGACAUUGUGACGAACAAGAUGGCACCUUCCCAACAAGGUGACAUACCCCAUCACUUGCUAAGCAUAAUUGAUGAUCCUGACUAUGAUUUCACGGCUAAUGAAUUUUGCAAACAUGUUCAUGAUGCCCUUGAACUCAUAACCGAAAAAGGGAACAUACCCAUCAUUGUUGGAGGCUCAAACUCUUACAUUGAGGCAUUAGUGAAUGAUCCCAGGGGUGAGUUUCAAUCCAAAUAUGAUUGCUGCUUCAUUUGGCUUGAUGUGUCUCUCCCUGUUCUGUAUGAUUACUUAGACAUUAGAGUUGAUGAGAUGGUUGAUGCUGGUGUUGUUGAUGAGAUUCGUCGUGAGGCUUUUGAUCCCAAGAAUGCUGAUUAUUCUCGUGGGGUUAGAAGAGCCAUUGGAGUCCCUGAACUUCAUUACUAUUUUCACAUCCUUCAGAAUGAUUCAAGUGAUGUUGAUGAGGCUUAUAAGACUCGGGUGUUUCUUCAUGCAAUUGAUACCAUGAAGAUCAACACUCAUAAGUUGGCUAAAAAUCAAGUCACCAAGAUCAAAAGGAUGGUCAAUGAACUUGGUUGGAAGAUGACCAGAAUUGAUUCUACACAAGUUUUUGAGGCUGUUUUGAGAGGAGAAGAUUACAACCAUCUUUAUCAAGAGAUUGUGCUCAAACCAAGUGUGGAGGUAGUUCGGAGGUUCCUAGAACAUUGAUGAUUGAGACAAAAAUUGUUCCUUCUUAGAGGUGCUCUUUGAAUAAUAAAAUCUUUUUAUUCUACUUCAUAUAUUAUUUGUCACAUUUGAUACAGUUUCUUUAUUCUUUUGAUGAGAAACCUGUAUUUUUUAUUGUGACGAAUACUAUAUAGAAUGGAGUAAAAUAUUUUGCUUAUUCUUAGAGCACACUUGAAAAACAAUGAUCAUGAUAAAAAAAAAAAACAAUUUCUCUAUAUAAUUAAGAAAACAAAGGACUAUUUACUCUUAACGAGUUUGUAGUUCCUAUAUAUUAUUAAAGAGUGUAUUAUGUCAAUAAUUAUAAUAAUAAAAAAAUAAAGGGGUUAGUAGUACCCUAU